AGCCUCAGCGCAGGGAGAGAGGCUGCCGGAGACAGGCAGGGGGAGGCGGCGAGGCGCCCCGUCCGCUCCGGAGGAGGCCAGCCCGGCGCGGGGGCGAGCAGCGGGGGCCGGGGGGAGAUCACACUCAAUAUUCACAACUAGAAGGACAAGGAAGAAUCUCCUGACUCUCUGGACUUCGAGGAUAUCAUUAUGUCAUAUUGGAUGAGUUUAAACUAGACAAGACUUCUUUGUGAAACACUUCCAGAAAGUGAGCGUGCCUGAGGGGAGAGGAACACAAGAGAGGAGAGACAAUUGAACAUCAUCAUUGGCCGAGACCUGAAAAAAUGGUGCUGGAUGAACAGAGGAUUAGAACUUAAUUGUAAAAGGGAAAUAAAGUCUUGGCAGGUGAUUUGCUUCAUUUCUGCAUUCAUCAUGGCCCAAAUCCUCUGGCUGGCUGGUUGAUGGUACUGUCCAACGCUUCCUACUUAGAUUCAGUGCAGAUCCCCUCCGCCUGCGGAUCAAAAGACCUGGGAUCAGGUGGGAACUGGAUGGUGCCAAAUACGGGAAUGGAAAGAGAAAUGGACUUGGACGAGCUAAGAUGGAAGUGACUUGACAGCUCCAAGCUCAGAAGUUGUCUCCAGUAAGGACAGGUUAAGACGGGAAUCUCAAGCUUUGCUGGGAGAGCAGUAUGCAGGAAGCUGGUUUUCAGGCCACAAAUGCUUUCACAGAGUGCAAAUUCACCUGCGCCAGUGGUAAAUGCUUGUAUCUUGGUUCAUUGAUUUGUAACCAACAGAAUGACUGUGGGGAUAACAGUGAUGAAGAGAACUGUCUGCUUGUGACAGAGCAUCCACCUCCAGGCAUCUUUAGCUCUGAACUGGAGUUUGUUCAAAUCAUCAUUAUAAUUGUGGUUAUAACUGUUAUGGUGGUUGUGAUCAUCUGCUUGUUGAACCAUUACAAACUCUCGACACGCUCCUUUAUCAACCGACAGAGCCAAAGCAGAAGACAGGAAGAAACUUUGCAGACGGAAGGGUGCUUGUGGCCUUCAGAAAGCUCGGUUUCGCGCCAGGGUGCUUCAGAGAUCAUGUAUGCCCCAAGGUCCAGGGACAGGUUUACCGCCCCAUCUUUUAUGCAGCGGGACCGUUUCAGUCGCUUCCAACCCACUUACCCUUACAUGCAGCAUGAGAUUGACCUUCCUCCGACCAUCUCGCUCUCUGACGGGGAAGAACCGCCACCGUACCAAGGCCCGUGCACCCUGCAGCUCCGGGACCCAGAACAGCAGAUGGAGCUCAACCGGGAAUCUGUCAGGGCACCACCCAACCGAACCAUUUUUGAUAGUGACUUGAUAGACAUCUCGAUGUACAAUGGGGGCCCCUGCCCACCAAGCAGCAAUUCGGGCAUAAGUGCAACCAACUAUAGCAGUAACGGAAGGAUGGAAGGACCACCCCCGACGUACAGCGAGGUCAUGGGGCAUUACCCAGGCUCCUCUUUUUUCCAUCACCAGCACAGCAACGCGCCUCCUUCCUCGCAGAGGGGGAGCAGACUUCAGUUUCAGCAGAACAAUUCAGAGAGCACAAUAGUCCCCAGCAAAGGCCAAGACCGGAAACCAGGAAACCUGGUCUAAGUUACUCGCCCAGGUACAUUUGAACUGAAGACAAGAGAUUCAAGCAGAGCAGUGGAGGAAGACCCCCAUGCUCCGGUGCACAAUGUUGUUGCGUUUCACGUGGUACAACUUAGUAAAACCAAACGUGCAAACCAGAUCUUUGUUUCUGAUUCCUUUCAGGGGAAUUGCAUGCAAAGCAGAUUGAAAGAAAUACAAACUUCCAUUCAGUUUGUCGAUGAGCAGUGUUUCAGGGGAGAGGGGGGGAUAUAUUAUUUUUUUUUAAUAAACUAUUUCAAUUAUUUAAUUCUAAAAGUUAACUUAGCACAGAAAUGAGGCUUGUACAGCCUGUUUUAUACUCACUGAAUGGCAGAAGGAAGAAGGUGGGUUUUGUUAGAUAAAUGGGGGAAGAAUUGGCCAGUUUGCUUUUUUUUUUUCUCCCAGGGUGUGGAUUUUUUUUUUUAAUAUGAAACAAAAUUCCUGUUUUGUGUGCCAAGGUAUAAAGUUGAGAACUUAGAUGAAUGCAAGGAAUUAAUUUGUGUUGUGAUAAAUGUGUUUUAAAAAGUUGCACUAUCUUAAUGUUUUAAAAAAUAUAUAUGAGGGAACUGUUUUAUGUGAAGUUCUUCUAUAUGUUGUCUUUUCACCUGUGGAAUAAUGAUAGAGCCCCAGAAGUAAUCUGGAGGAGUUUGCCCCCCUCCCCCUGGGUUUGCUAGAAAAAGGGGACAGGACUUAGCCUAACAUCUCUUGACUUUUACAAAUCAAGAAAUACAGGGACACUUAACUUGUCUUUGCAAUAAUUUGCAUUCAGAUAACAGCGCAUCAAUGAAGUGUCUUGGAGACUUUUGGAUGGAAGAAGGCAAACAUGAAAUCCCAGCAUUUUCCAUCACUUAGGGUUUAGCUAUUUUGCAGUGUAGACUAUUUGUUUCGUAAGCGGCAAAACAAAAUCCCAGAUGUGUUAAUUUGUAUUGAUUCUAACGAAGUGCUGCCAUUCUUUUCCUUUUCAUAAUGCCGUAUCGCCAGUACUUACGGUUUUAGAGAUUUCUGUCCUCACUGUAGCCUAAAAUGUAUUUAGUCACAUAUCAUGACAUUAUGCAAUAAAUUGUUUAAAAAUGCAAGGUGGGUUUUUUCCCCUGCAAUGCUGUUAAAAUACGCGAGACUGUUGUGCUUUUCGCUCUCCAUUUCAUCCUUUAGAUACUGAAGUUCAGUCCUGGAGAUCCAUCCUGUUGAAACGAAGGGGCCUUUGUAUCUAUAACCUCUCCACCCCUGUGCGGUUUCCGCAGCAGCACCGAGAGCACUUGGGACGGUGGCGCUGGCUUCUGCGGCGUCUCUGGCAGUGACAUGGGAGCACCGGUUAAUUCUCCCUGCAAACCAUUUUGCUCUGGGCCCUGUUGCGGAAACCCUCCUCUGUGCACGUCAUCUGGUUGACGCCAGCAGGACCACGCUCGUGGGUAAAGAUGACUUGCCUGUUAACUUAGUGUCUGUAAGCCCUAGUUUUGCCACGCCGGUCUUAAGAGUAGUUGGAAAAUGUUACCUGCCUGUAAUGCGGCAUGUGGGGUAUUUCUUCCCUGGCUAUUUCUGUGUGGAAACACAGGCAGUGCUGGAAGGCAGUUGAGAAAUGGUGAUAGUGGCAUCACAAGCACAUGAAAAAGCACAACUUGCACUUAAAAUGCAUUUUGGAAAUGGACUUAAAGUAAGAACCUUUAGAGUCUUAGCUUGACUAGUUUCUAAUAUAUAUGUGUAUGCGUGGGUGUCAUAGACCUUUUCACUUUAAGAUCUUUCACUUUUUUCCUAUUUUCUUAAGCCUUGUGCUUGGUUGGGGGCAGCAGCCACUGAGUGCCCUGAGCACGCUGUGGAGGAGCACGGUGCCCUAGCGCCUGGUCCCGUGGCUGGAGGCUGGGUUUCUGCAGGACUUCUGUACGCCAGGGGCUCUGAGAACUGAAGUGCAUCUUUGAUCUAUGCAGAGUUUUAAUGCCAAAACAGUAUGCGUGUCUGUGUGUGUUUUAUGGGCCUCGGUGUAGAUUAUUUUCUUCAUAAGGUAAUUUGGGUUUGUUCUAGUUUAGAACGCGUUUAUUGCUGUAAUUGUUUUUUGGUCUGAGUCAUGCCAGUAAUGCAGAGGAAAGCUGCCUUUUAAUUUAUCUGUUAUUUGAAGGGAGAGAGAGAGAUUGUAUGAUGGGAUUUGCUUCCCCCCCCCGCCCCCACUCCGACUCACAGGACAGGUGUUCAGGAGAUGACUAGGUGGCUGUCAGUCAGCUAGGGCUCUUAUUGUGUCUGGUUCCUGGGAAUAAAAGCUGUGAAAUUAGAUUUUUAUAAACAAUCUAUGAACAUAAUUCUUAGUUUAAAAAAAAAAAAACCACAACGGAAGACAAACCCAGAAAAUGUUGGGUUUGGUAUUCAUUGACUUAUGUUGUCAUUCACAAGUGAGCUUUUAAGUCAGAGAAUGUGCGUGCCUACACAGACACUGUGCUGUUGCCUACAUGAGGAUUAUUUAGCCGAGAAGCCUUUAGGUGAGAACAGCUGGAACUCAUUUGUCAUGGCAGAGCACACCUGGACUGGGCCCUGGGCUUAGACUGCUCGGGUACCAACUUUUCCCCAUGCACGGAUCUCAGCGAAGUGAGCCUUGAAGUUGCCUUCAGCAUCACCUCUUGGGAAGAUACUUUGAAGACAGCCCUUUGCCGUCUUUUGCCAUCUCUGCAUGCCAGUGGAUUUAUGCACUUCCCAUUAACAGUGUCCGGUAUGAUGCAUGCACUGGUGUCUCUUAAUUUUUCUCGACUGAGGAACUUUUCCUUUGCGUGGAAAGUGUUCCAGUUCCGUAGGAAAGAUUUGUUUAAAAAGAACUUAGUAUUUGCUCACCUAAUAGUUGCAUUUCCUCUUGCAUCUUCGCCUUCUCAUUGUAUUCUGCUGUCCAAAGCUAACGAGCAGCCAGUAUACCUGUCAACUCUGAAAGUGUAGUCACCUGUUGCUUGCUAUAGGUGAGCUAGUAAUCUGCUACUUUGUUUUGUGACCUCUCAUAGGAAUAAAGAUGGUAUUUUCUGUUGAAUAUUAGUGAUCUCUGAUGGGGGUGCCAUCAGUAGUAUAACAUUGCAAUGGUGUGUGUUUUCUAUUUUUUCUUUUGUUACAGCGAGACAGAAUAUGCCCUUGCUAACAGAACAGAAUGGUAAAAGAAGGAAUGUCAGAAUUAGAUAGCACUGUCAAUCUUUACAGACUUAGAAAUUGGACAUCUCUAAAGAUAGGUAAUUCUAUGAAGCAUCUAUGGAAAAUUCCCUUUGAAAAUAUCCAGAAUUAAUAAACUGUAUUCAACAGCCGCUCAAAUGAAGUUUUGUAAAUUAUAAAAGAUUUCUGCAAACACUGUAGAGUUAAUCAUGUAGAUUAUAACUCCAUACUGGUGUUUUGGUUUAUGUGUAUCAUGCACAAAGCCCACGUAAUAGAUGUAUGGGGUUUUCUGUGUGAUGGAACAUAUUAGCUUGAAUUCUGGUUGUAUCUCCUGACCUUUGAGCAGUAACCCAUCUUCCCAAAAUUCAGUCCAGUGAUAUCCCCACUUCAGAAAUUUUCAAGUUAAAAGAUUUUUUUUUUAAUAUAAAAUAAAACAUUAUGAUCUCUAUCCUACCACAAAGGUUAAUCUUUCCCUUAGGUGGCUUGGUGUGGCUCCCUUCUUGGUGCUAAACAUGCCUCAUCUUUGGUGUUUUCCUAUGACCUUGCACACCUAGAAAAGGCAGAGAGCUUAGCAAUAGAAAAGAGGUUUCUCUCCCAGCUUCCCGAUGGAGUACUCGGCAUGUAGCUGUAAUUCUGGAUCUACUUUUAGCCUGAUUGUGGUCAGGUUCAUCUCAGUCCUGUACAAGCAGGCUCUGUGUUUGUGAUGCUGCUUAAAAGAGUGAGUGAGGAAUACGAAGACUGGUACCCAGUCAACGGAGCAGCGUUCAGAUCCUUUCCUGUAGCCUGUGGCAUGUGCAGAAUUUGUGAUACUUCACAUAAAUAGGUUGGUUUUGUCAGGGACCUACUUAAGCUUCUCCUAGUUCUUGUCACUUAAUCCAGUCUCAGUCUGAUGUGACUUUAUUACAGCAUGCUUUUUUCUUCCAAGUAUGAAAACUCAGACGCAUGCCCCGUGUACAAGUUCUUGCUGGCUAGUGAGGAAGGUAUUUAUGUUCCUGCAGUCGCGGAAUCUGUAGGAACCAUGAGUCAAGCUGUGCUUCAUUUGGCUUUUUAUUAUUGCUUGCCCACUUCUCCCACCAAUUUGUCCCACCUGGAAGCUGCUUCUGUUGUCCUAAAUGUCUGAAUUUUUGUGUUGCAGAAAUGAUUUUAUUUUUUUCUCUGUGAAUGUGGUUCAGGGAAGGGCAAGGAGUGAAACGACAUUGUUUCUGAAAGAAUGCACUUUUCUUUGCAAUAGGGAAGAAAGCCUUGUCCUGCUGGAGAGUCCCGUGCGUAGGCUGUCUGGAACAGCACUGUCUGAAGCAGUCAUUUCUAAUCCUGCCCGGUAGUGAGAUAUUGGACCUUAAAACUGACACACUGGUCUGUAAGGAACGUUUGAAUGGUUUGGAGAAGAUUGAUUCCUAACCUUUCUCUGACUCUGAGCCCUGAACACUCAUGGGAACUAAGGUAACCUGAUUUCAUCAGCAAAGAAAAAGAAGAUAGCAUGCUGGUGAAAACAGAUACACUCCAAACUUGUUCUUUGUGCUUUUCUUUUUUCCUUUUCUUUUUUUUUUUUCUUCCCCCAAGGACAAACAGUAGUCUUGCUGGUACAUAUGAAAGUGUUGAGGAUUAUUCACAAGUUCUCUCUGGUCAUUACCAUUAAGCCAUGUCCAUGCACACGUGUGUGUAUGCAUACCUGCAUGCAAACUUGUGCCUGUAUCCUACUCCUUGAUCAUCUAUAUGUUAGUUACCAUUCCACAGUCGCCUUCCAGAAGUGCUGAAUGGCUGUAUGUUGUGCUCUCAGGAACAAUGGCAGGUCAUUUGUCAAACAGCUGGAGGCAUGAGGAAUCUUUGCUUUUCAGUCCUGUAAAUGUCAUGGCCCGGGCAUUAUCAGUAGGGGAGUUUCUUGCUGCGCAGGUUCUUGGCCGUGACCUGGUGCGCUGGUGCAUCUUCCAUCCAACAGCUUUCUCCCUUUGGGUCAGCUUUGAAAAGUCCUCGUGCUUUUGGGACAACCCUAAUGUAGACCUCAUGUAUUGAUGUACAGGAAGGAAAUGUACUUCAUGUACUCUCAAUCUCAGAAGCGUGUUUUUUCAAACCCAGCUGAUGCUGAGAACCAAGUGAUUCAUUUGUACAGCGGGUUCAGACGAAGGCUGGCUUUUGAUUACGUCUUUGCUUUUUAGAUAAAGGCUGUUGCAAAUAAUUUAAUUACACGUAUCUGGUCUUUUCCCGCACUGUGUUGCCUGCUUGCCAACCAGUGCAAUUAUAGCUUUUCUCCUAAACUAGACCCAAAUGUGUCAGUUGUUUAAAUCCCUGGAAAGAGACACUCCUACUGAAUUGUCUGAGACCUGUUGAGGCAUUAUAGAGCAUGGAAAAGUCCCUUGUGAGGACCUGUUGAACUUACAGAGGUUUCCCAUCCAAAGACUCUGUUCCGUAUGUUUCAUUAGUAAAUUUAAAGUUUUGAGAGUGGCCCAGCUGAAAAUGUUGGUUGGUAAGAUUGGUGUUUUGGGUUUUAUUUUAAUACUUAAUAUAUCGUUUGCCAGUCUGUGCUCAUUAAUUGGGUGUAAGUUACCUUUUGACCCACCUCCCAUUGCCAUUGCUAUGCUGGCAAAGGCCCCAUUGGGCACACUUGCACCAGCAAAAAAGAGUCAUUUUCUUGGUACGGCCCUGCUUGGGGAACAGCAGGAGCUGCACCGCUAAGUUCAGCCUCCAAAACCACCAUGAGACCUGCACUGCCUCCUCCCAGCAAACUCAGGUGUAGGUGAUGGCUCAGUUUCGAUGGAGUGCUUUACGACACUACUAAGUACCACAGACAGGCAGUGGAGGAGUCUACUGGUGUUUCUUUGAAAUUGUAACUAUUUGCAUUAAAUAUAUUUCAGGGCCGCUAAUGCCAUCUUUGUAACCAGUCGCUACGUGUCUCCUGCUUUCGAAAGGGAAAACCAAGCAAGAUUGUGUCGUGAGAAGUAUUGCAAACUCUCCUGGCUCUUACUUCUGCCUUGCUGUCCUCUCUCCCAUUUUUAGACUGAACACAAGCAACCCCGGUAUUGCUAGCGCCACGUCCCUGCUAUAAAAGAGCUUACCUUUUUAUGUUGGUUAACAAGAAACAAAACUCGUAACCUAGGUACUUCCCCCUUCCCUCUGACAGCUGUGUGAUUUACUGCCAGAGAUGACUCUGUCAUUUCUUUGCUAUAUUGCUGCUGCUGCUGCUGUUUUCAAUGGUUUGGUGCGUGAGCUUUCUGAAACAACGUGGUGUGCGUAGGAUCUCGUGGGUGACGGAGCUGUCUCUUUUUCUUCCUUUCUCUCCUUGGUUUGUGCUUGUCUGUCCGCCGUGGUAGGUUUAUUAAUAAAUUAUAUAUGUCUGUAUUAGAUAUAAUUUGGAGGAGGUUUGCAUGUCGGUAGUUUGUAAGCAACUAAGGUGCCUCAUGUUCAGGUCUGAGCAGAUAGGAAUCCCCUUGCACUCGAGAGGGCCUGAUCCAAAGCCCGGUGACGUUGGUAGGGAGACUCUUGCUGACUUCAGGGGGCUUUGGAUCAGGCCUUGCGCUCCCGCCUUUGUUGUGCCUCACUUAAAAUGGUGCUUUUUCAGUUGUCUGUCUUUUUUUCUGGGGUGUUUUUUUCUUUUUCUUUUCUUUGUACGGUGCUGUGUAUAACUUGAAUAUAUUAUGCACAUAUCCUACCCAAUGGGUAGAACAAGCAAGCAUACAAAACAAACAGACGUUGUUAAUACUGUAAGAUAAUGUAUAGAUGAUACCAAUUUUAACACACACACAAAAAAAUGGCAUAGACUUUGUGAAUGCCGACUUCUGUGCUUGGUCCUUUUUGUAAGAAAAUUUGCAAAUGAAUGCAUACAAAUGACAAAAAGUCUAUGUAUUUUAUUUUCCUAUUAAAUAUCAAUAUAAUAUCAUAAGGGAAAAAGUUUGAACAAAUCCUUUUUGACUAGCCUGUGUAUAGCGAUGGGGUGUUUGAUGCAUCUUUGCUGUGAAGAUUUGUUCUUUUUUUUUUUUUUAAAAUGUGUCACUUUAAGAAAAAGGAAAAAAAACCAACCACAAAAACAAAACCUCCACAGCUUUAACCUUGCAACUAGAUGCUUCUCCUACUGGUUGUUGCCUCGCUAUUGCUGAGUUGGACCAGUAUUAGUUACAACUUCUCCAGCAGAUACAUUAUUUAUUAUUAUCCUUGAUUACUUUUUUUUUUUUUUAAACUUAGAAAUGGACUAAAACCUUUGGAACCUUUUUAUCCACAUCCUAGAUUUGAAGUGAAGCUCAGACAGGUGGGAACUGACCCAAACCGUCCCUGCAAAACCAAACCUCGGCCAAGGAGAGUUCUGUGACGAGAGCCAGCCCUCGCUCUGUGCCCGCUACGGGUACGCGCUGCUGCGACGGCGAAGGGUGCUGAGGCUGGGUGCGCGGCUGGGGCUCGCUGAUGAGCUGUGCGGCUGCAGGGUGCCAGCCUGUAGGGUAGGCAGGGAACGCCGCAGUUGGCAGCGAGCUGAAUGCAGGGUUUGAGCCUGAGCUGCCGAGUCGGUGGCGCUGCUGCCGCGUUAAGACUGACAGCAAUGGCUUAACCCGGGUUCGUGUUUAAGGUUAAGGAGAAAUGCCUAAACCUGUUCAGGCCCAACGCGGGAAGCGGUGUGGGAAGGAAUUCAACGCUUAAACCUGCUGCCAGGCUCCCUCGGCAGUGCUGUUCUCCCCCGGCGUCUCCGCGCGUUUGGCUGCCCGUCCCCGUGCCCCCGCGCACUCCUGGCACGGGCUCUUCGGUAAAGCAAAAUACCUCAGGAAAACUCAACAUGAAGUUCUAGUGUAGAGACUUGCAGAUGCUGUACUUAUUUUUCUAAACUGUUUGUUCUAACUAUCCCAGGAUGGUAGGCGAUGUAAAAGUUUAUCGGUCAGAGACAGACUAGUCCUCUCGCAGAUGGAUACCGACUAAUCUUUCAUAGAUACUCGUGUCUAUAUGUAGCUUUUUUAUACUUGUCAGGCUUUAACCACAGAUGUAAGGUAGCAACGUGUUGGGAUACGUUUGAGGUGGCGUUUUUGUUUGGUUUUUCAGAUGACUAGCUAAACGCUAUGCUAAAACUCAGGGGGCCUUAUCCGGGGCCCAGUGAAGUCAGUGGUGAGGCUUCCUCUGGUUUGAGUGGGCUUUCAAUCCGGUCCGUCACGCUCGAGGAUGGUGCCCUGGAGCACAGGCCUUCACCACUUCUCUGUCGACCUGAAACUUCAGCUACACGUUUUGUCUGUAAAUAUCUUUUUUAGAGCCCUCACAGGAGUCUUGUAUCUGAAUGUUGAUCAUGGUUGUUUUGGGUUUGGUUUUUUUUGUUUUAAAGAAGCGUGGAAGUUUUUUAUGGCCAGUUCUGCAUCAUCAAGCCCUCGCAGGUAGCUUGGAUCCAUCCCUCUAUAUAUUGAGCUGUUUUAUCAGUAAGCGUGUACCAUAGGGAAAUACGCAUAUUUCACGGCUGCCAUUUGUUAACUCAUUUAUUGUUGGUCAGGGCAUAGAGUAGUUGUUUUGGAAGUAUGCCUUGCCUGGCCGUGUUCAGGUUUCUGUUUGCACUGCAGUACCACUUCUGUGCAUGAAGGAAGAAAAACAAGCAAAAAGCCCCAGGCCUUGACUAGGAAGACUCUGUACAGAGCAAACCUCCCGCUGGAGGAAUCUAGGGUAGGAUUUAUCGUAACAAAACUUGCAUAUUGAGUGGACCAAACACGAGCGUGUCUCCUUUUAGAGGCACCGAUUUGCUUUGAAGCUGCAGUGGAAAGAGCAGGCUAUCGAUGAAGUGUACUCACAGCUGCGUUCACACUUUCCGUUAACCACGAAGCACAGCGGGCAGCCAACAUUUUAAAAGAAGUAUGAGCAGAAGUUACGAGAGCCUCAGGCAUCGUAGACCUGGACGGCAAAAAUAAUAAUAAUAAAUUCACCUUAAUAUUCUUUAACAAAGCUUUUCUACUUCUAGUACACAGACUACAUAAGCGUCGAUAGGGGUUUUAUCUUUGCAUAGCUAUCAGCUGCCCAAUGCUGCUGUGUGCAGAGCAUUUCACGAUGGUAUGUACAUUAGUCAGGCUGUUACACUUAAAAUUAACCAUCAAAUGCCUGUUUUUAGAGCGUUGACCCUUUCUUUGUUGUUUCUUGCUAGUUAUUUUACAGUGUAAAAUGCUUUAUUGCUGUAUGGAUUUUUUUUUUGUAUUUCCAACAUUGUGGCUUUCAAGAUCACGUUUUCAACACGUCUCUGACUUUUGUCCAUUUUGUUUCAAGCUAUUCUGAAAUAUGUACAGCACUAUCAACAAUAUUUAAUCUUUCUUUUAAAUUUUAUUGUUGUAAAAACAAAUCUAUUAAAAACAGUAAGUCUUUUUACAACUGUAUUGGAAUUUCUUAAUAGCUGUUCAUGUGACGCUAUGACAAACCUGGCUUGCUUUAAUUUUUUUUUUAAUUAUUUUAUUUUCCUUUUAACACAAUUGAUUCGUUGCUUAUUUUCCACCGUAACUCCCAGUUAUAUACAGGAAAAGAUUUCAACUGUUGUGUAUCUGACUCUUUUAAUUGAGCAAAUGGUGAUGUCCUAGUUUUUAGACCUAAGGUCUGUUUAUUGCAAUACUUUUAAAGGAAGAUGUUGCUCUAAGUGCUGUUGUUAGUUUUAAAUACAGAUUUUAUGCUUGUUCUUAAUAUGCUGUGGUUAAACCACGGCACAAAAUUAUUAAAAAUCAUGAAAUGCA